AAGCUCAAAGACUUCUCUUCCUUCUCCAAAAUUCUUCAUUUGAUUUAUUUAUAUAUAUUUUUUCCCUUCACCCUCCAACGCUUUCUAACUCAUUUCUCCAAUUUUUGCCAUUCAUUCCAACACCAAUCUCCCCCAAAAAAAAAAGUAAAAAAAAAAUGGCUUCUUCUAGCGGAAGCUUAAACGCUUCUGCUAAUAAUUCGAAUCACCAUAUGUUUUCUUCAUCACAGUACAUGUCUACUUCUUUCACUAAUCUUCUCUCUCCCAACAAACAAGGAGAGGAAGAAGAAGAAGACGCCAUGAGCCGACCAAGAUCUCGUUUCAGUUGGGGAAUGAAUUCAGACAUAGUUAACAAGAACAUCGAAAUCCCAAAAUACAAGUCUUUCCCACCUUCCUCUUUGCCUCUCUCUCCUCCUCCUGUCUCUCCUUCCUCCUACCUCUCAAUACCUCCUAGCUUGAGCCCUUCCAUCCUCCUCGAUUCUCCUGUCCUCUUCUCCUCCUCAAACGUUCUCCCGUCUCCGACCACGGGGAGUUUCGCGGCCAAGGAGGAGGAGAGGAAGUAUUCCGACUUCUCUUUCCAGUCACAUUCCAUGUUUCCGUCUUCAGCAGGAUUGAAUCGUAUGGAUUCAUACAGAAGGGAACAAGAUCAUGAAAACUUCAACUCGUUCAUCAACAAACAAGCUGAAUUUCCGACCACAAAAUCCUUACCUAAAGCCGAACAACAUAGUUUUUCUCAAGAUUUUCCCAUCCAUGGCGGCGACCAAGCCCCACAACAGCCAUAUCCUCAACAAUCACAGUAUGUUAGAGAGCAGAGAAAAUCCGACGACGGCUACAACUGGAGGAAAUACGGUCAGAAGCAAGUGAAGGGAAGUGAGAAUCCUCGCAGUUAUUACAAGUGCACUUUCCCCAACUGUCCUACCAAGAAGAAGGUCGAACGAAAUCUUGAAGGACACAUCACUGAGAUUGUGUACAAAGGCAGCCACAACCAUCCGAAGCCGCAGUCGACGCGGAGAUCAUCCUCCAAUGCUCUGCACAAUCCUGUCUAUACUACUAGUAAUAACAUGGGAAUGCCGAGCCAGCCCCUGCUCGAAAACGAGCCCGUGGAGUCCGUCACAACUCCGGAGAAUUCGUCUACUUCGUUUGGUGAGGACGAGUUCGAGCAGGGCUCCUCGAGGCACGAUGAUGAGAACGAGCCCGAAGCUAAGAGAUGGAAGGGGGAGAAUGAUAGCGAAGGCGUUUCAGCUGCCGGGAGUCGGACGGUUCGCGAGCCGAGGAUCGUGGUUCAGACGACGAGCGACAUAGACAUUCUUGAUGACGGGUACAGGUGGAGGAAGUACGGGCAGAAAGUGGUGAAGGGCAACCCCAAUCCUAGGAGUUACUACAAAUGCACAUUUAACGGGUGCCCAGUGAGGAAGCACGUGGAGAGGGCGUCCCACGACUUGAGGGCAGUGAUCACCACGUACGAGGGGAAGCACAACCACGAUGUUCCUGCAGCACGUGGCAGUGGGGGCUACGCCAUGACUAGACCUCCGACAGUGUCUGGCAAUGGCGUGCCGACAGCUAUAAGGCCGGCUGCCAUGCCCAGCCAUCCCAAUGCUAGGCUGCAAACGAACCAGAACCAAACCCCUUACACACUGCAGAUGUUGCAGGACAACAAUAGCUAUGGCUUCUCGGGUUUUGCAAACUCGGUAGGACCUUACAAUAAUCAGAUGCAGCAGCAUACAGAUAAUUCCAUCUCCAUAGCCAAGCAAGAACCUAGACAAGACUCGUUUUUCGACUCUUUCCUCAGCUGAAGGAAUCUCCCGAGCGAAGCAAUACGUUCUUAGCUAGCGUUAGUAAUGUACAACAACAUUACUCACAAUUUGUGCUGUGUAUGUAAUAUCUUGUAAUAGGAUGUAGAAAAUAUUUCUUUAUUUUUUUUAAGCCACUGAAACUUGGAAGAGUGGCCUCAUAUAAGGUUUAGUGCAAGAAAAGAAAACUAGAAUAAGGAACAUACAUCAUAGUGAUUAAUUUCUUCAUUUCUUCUUUCUAUAUUAAGGUCAAAUUUUCAAUAAAAUAUUCACUUCUUGUUGCAACCA